AUGCAGAACUAUUUGCUUUCGUUAACUUUCACAUUGAUCGGUUUAGUGGCUGCAAUAAAUUGCGCAGCUGUAAGUGCAGCGAUACCCAAAAUCGACUUCUAUAAGCUGUAUGACAAUCCGGAAGCCCAUAUAAGCCUAAAGGAUCGACGCACAACCCGUGAUCGUAUAGCUGCACAUGGAUAUCCGGCGGAACACCACCACAUUGUCACCGAGGAUGGCUACAUUGUGGGCGUCUUUCGCAUACCCUAUUCUCACAAGCUGCAGAACCAGGAUAAGAUACGUCCCGUUGUACUGGUUCAACAUGGACUGACAAGUUGCUCGGAUGCUUGGAUACUCCAGGGUCCAGAUGAUAGUCUGCCCUUCCUGCUCGCUGAUGCCGGCUUUGAUGUCUGGCUGGGCAAUGGGCGUGGUAACACCUAUUCAAGGAACCACACAUCGCGCUCCCCUCAGCAUCCGUACUUCUGGCGCUUCAGCUGGCACGAGAUCGGGUACUUUGAUAUUGCAGCUAUGAUCGAUUACGCCCUGAAGACGAAUGGGCAGGGACAGAAGGCCAUUCACUAUGUGGGCCACUCCCAGGGCACAACUGUCUUCUUCGCCCUGAUGUCCCUGCGACCCGAAUACAACGCAAAGAUCAAGACAGCACACAUGUUUGCGCCCAUUGCCAUUAUGACGCACAUGGAGAAUAAAUUGGUGCGCACUGUGGGACCCUAUCUGGGCCACCGGAAUGAGUACUCGCUCUUCUUUGCUGAUCAAGAAUUCGUACCGAGCAACGAUUUCCUGUUGAGUUUGUUCUCCAACCUGUGCGAGCCCGAUUACAAAUUGCGGCCCGUUUGCGAAAAUGUUGUGCAAAAGCUGUACGCUGGGAAUCGUGUGAAUAUGACUGCUAUGCCGGACGGCAUGGCCACGCACCCGGCCGGCUGCUCCACCAAUCAAAUGCUACACUAUCUGCAGGAGCAGCAGUCGGGACAUUUUCGUCAGUAUGACUACGGGCCUAAAAAAAAUCAGGAAAUAUACCAAUCGGCGGUGCCACCCGACUAUCCAGUUGAGAACAUAAGCUCUGAGGUCCACUUAUGGUAUUCCGAUAAUGAUGAUAUGGCCGCUGUCGAGGAUGUUCUCGCCCUGUCAGAUCGACUGCCAAACAUGGAGCUGCACCAUAUGGAGGAUCCCUUGUGGGAUCACGGGGACUUUGCCCUCAACCAGGAGGUUCGCAAAUAUUUGAAUGAGCCAGUUAUUGAGAUAAUGAAGAAAUUCGAUCAAAUGUGAUUAUAUAGAUUAGGUUGUACGUUUUAGUAAAUAAAUUAAUCUGCGUCUAUUUUUAAAA